AUGAAAAAUGAAAUAGAAAAGGAAGAGUUACGUACUUGGAACAAUGAGGGUUAUCGUGUAUGUAGGUAAUUAAGUUAGGUCAGAGAGCCAAACUAAUGCCUAACAAAUAGGAUCAAGCGUUAAUUUAAUACGAUUACUGGGACAGCAAUGUAGACGAUGCUGAGGCUUCUUUUACAUUUUGAUAAAAAUUUGUUCGCAGUAUCCGUAAGUCUAUCAUCGUCGGUGUUUCGUCGUCAGAUCUGCAAGUAGUUUUGUAAUAAAGUAACACCUUUAACAAUAAAGUAAGACGCCUGAAAAUGGGGAAGGAUGACUCGGAGAUGGUAGCUUUGAAAAAAGAAUUGGAAGAUCUGAUCAACAAAUGCAAGGUUGAAGAUCAAAAGAAGCAACAAGAUACAACUUUGGUGGAAACAUGUAGCAGCGUACCAGAUGCGCCGAAAGUUAAAUUAUCUACGAAGAAGUUACUAAAGGGACACAUUAAUAAAGUGAAUUCGGUGCAUUAUAGCGGUGAUAGUAGGCAUUGCGUGACUGGUUCACUAGACGGAAAAUUAAUCAUCUGGGACUCGUGGACUGGGAAUAAAGUUCAGGUAAUUCCAUUACGUUCGGCAUGGGUGAUGUCGGUAGCUUUUGCACCCUCGGGGAAUUUCGUUGCUUGCGGUGGUAUGGAUAAUAUGUGCACUAUCUACGAUGUGAACAAUCGUGACGCAACAGGAUCGGCAAAAAUCGUUCGAGAAUUACUAGGAUACGAAGGUUUCCUUUCAUCCUGCAGAUUCUUGGAGGAUAAAAAGAUUAUCACUGGAUCCGGUGACAUGAAAAUUUGUAUAUGGGAUUUGGAGGCGAACAAGAAAAUUACUGACUUUUGCGCGCAUGCUGGAGACGUGGUUAGUAUUAGUUUAGCUCCAGACGGAAACACAUAUAUUACCGGAUCAGUGGAUAGAACAUGUAAACUAUGGGACAUAAGAGAAGAGAACGCGAAACAAACUUUCUUUGGACACGAAGCUGAUGUCAACUCUGUUUGUUAUCAUCCUUCGGGACAAGCUUUUGUAACGGCAUCGGAAGAUAAAACGGCGAGAUUGUGGGACUUAAGGUCAGAUCAGCAGUUAGCUACGUUUAAACCUCCAAAUUCAAAUCCUGGAUACACAUCUUGCGGUUUAUCCUUCAGCGGAAGAUUCAUAUUCUGUGGAAGCGAUGAUAAUUCCAUUCAUAUAUGGGAUACAUUGAAAAAUGUACAUAAUGGUGUUUUAACGGGUCACGAAAAUCGAGUAACAUCACUCAGCGUUGCUGGAAAUGGUAUGGCUGUUGCUACUUGCUCCUGGGACCAAAACGUUCGAAUUUGGGUGUAGAAUUUAAAAAAGAAAGUAUUGCUAUCCAAUAACAUUGAAAAAAAACUGGAGAAAAAAAAAAGAGAAAGGCAUCCUAUUUUUUGUUGAAAUGUUUCUCAUUGACAUUUUACGAUUUUCUUGAAGUUUUUCAUACACGAAAAAAUAUAUUUAUAUAAAAAAAAAUAUAUAUAUAUAUACAUUAAAUUAAAUGCUUAUUUAAAUGAUAUAUGAUAAAAUGUAUAUUAUUUUAUAGUAUAAAUAA